AUGGCGUCCAAUUCUGGAAGUGCGUCAUCUCCCUCCGCUCACAUCGAAGCUCCGGUUGAUCCUCCUCCUGCAGUCACACAUGCUGCUCUUCCUAACAACAAUCUUAUUCUGCUCAAUCUUCGUCUUGAUCGGACUAAUUACACCUAUUGGAGAUCUCUAGUUUUGUUUGCUGUUUGUGCCUAUAAUCUUGAAGGCUAUGUGCUUGGAACAAUUCCUACACCACCUGCUAAUCUUGCAGUGUUAGAUUUCAGCUUGUGUUUAUGGAGGAUUGUUGGAAUUGAUGGAAGUUUUAAUUGGGGUUUGUCUUGGAUUUUGCUAAAGAUUGUUUUUGCAAAUUUGUUUUCCACGAAUUCCAAGGCCAGUCUUCUCCAGAUCCGAGCUCUACUUCAAUCCACAAAGAAAGGCUCCUCAUCUGUUGAUGAAUACGUUCUCAAGAUGAAGAACUAUGCCGAUACUCUUGCUGCUACAGGAAGACCUAUUUCAGAUGAUGAUCUUGUGCAAUACAUUCUUGGAGGAUUAGGUGCUAAGUAUGAAGCUGUUGUGGUUAAUCUCACCUCCCGCACUGAGCCUCUUACUCUUUCAGAGGUUCAAUAUAUUUUGCAAAGUCAAGAAAUGCGCAUUGAUCAGUUUGCAAGUGCCUCUGUUGAAAAUAUUCAAGCAAACUUUGUCUGUCUGUCUCAUGAUCUUAUUUGA